AGGUGAAGUCACACCUACAGUAUGAGCCAUUCUGACAAAUCCUUUGUCGUCAUCCUCAUGUAUAUUGUCUUCCUGCCGAGGAAAAGGAAAAGAAUAGAUUAAAAUUAAAUCAUUGCUUGUUUUUUCUACUGUACUCUGUUCUAAUGAUCACGUCACACGCGGACCGGAAGCAGUCAGGUGGAUUGCCGGAAAUUCCUUUUGUUGACUAUCGGAUAUUUGUUUUUCGGUCUCUUUUUAAGAACAAUUGAUUUACUGUUUUGAUCUAUUUUCUAUUCUUACUUGGUUUAUUGAAUCUUGGCGUGUCAACAACAGAUACAUUACUCGUUUUGGACUGGAAGGUUUUAUAUAGACACCGUAUCAUUGUCUUAAUUGUACUCAGGCCCGAGGCUGGGCUAACUUUAGCCUAGCAUUCACUGACGAGCUAGCGUUAGCUUGUGUUAGCUGUCACUCCAGCUGGCUUAAAAAUCAGCUGCUCACUCAUUUUACUCAUUAAUAAGAACAGUUAAAACAAACACCCAACAACAUGGCAGUUAUUAGCGAAGGUAACCUGAAGAAAAUGCUAAAGCAAUACAAAUACAGAGAUCUGACAGUUCGUGAGAUAACCAAUGUCAUCUCCCAGUACAAGGACUUGAAGCCAGUUAUGGAUGCUUAUGUGUUUAAUGAUGGCUCCACAAGAGACCUGAUGAGCUUGACGGGAACUGUUCCAGUGAGCUACAGAGGCAAUGUCUAUAACAUCCCAGUGUGUCUGUGGUUGCUGGACACUUAUCCCUACAACCCUCCCAUAUGUUUUGUCAAACCCACAAGUGCCAUGAUGAUCAAAACUGGCAAGCACAUCGAUGCCAACGGCAAGAUCUAUCUGCCUUAUCUACAUGAGUGGAAGCAUCCUCAGUCAGACCUGUAUGGUCUGAUUCAGGUGAUGAUUGUGGUGUUUGGAGAGGAGCCUCCUGUGUUUUCUCGCCCAACCACACAAGCCCCCUACCAAGCCUUCCAAGCAGCUGGACCCCCUAACCCUUCCUACAUGCCUGGCAUGCCUGCGGUCUCACCCUACGGCCCAAAUCCUAACCCAGGAGGUUAUCCAGGAUACCAGUACCCAGGGGGCAACUCUUACCCAGCCACUGGUGGACCUGCACACUACCCCACCCAGACUCCAGUUUCCACAGUGGGUCCGAGCAGAGAUGGCACCAUUGGUGAGGACACCAUCCGCGCAUCUCUGAUUUCAGCUGUGAGUGAUAAGCUUCGCUGGAGGAUGAAGGAGGAGAUGGACAGAGCUCAGGCGGAGCUGGACGCCCUGAAGCGAACAGAGGAGGAUCUGAAGAAAGGACAUCAGAAAUUGGAGGAGAUGGUCUCAAGACUGGACCAGGAAGUGACUGAGGUUGACAGGAAUAUUGAACUGUUGAAGAGAAAGGAUGAGGAGCUGAGUGAGGCCUUGGAGAAGAUGGAGAACCAGUCAGAGAACAAUGACAUUGAUGACGUCAUUGUACCCACAGCUCCGCUGUACAAACAGAUCCUGAACCUAUAUGCUGAAGAAAAUGCAAUUGAGGACACCAUCUUCUACCUGGGAGAGGCCCUCCGCAGGGGCGUCAUAGACCUGGAGGUUUUUCUCAAGCAUGUACGACUUCUGUCCAGGAAGCAGUUCCAGCUUCGUGCCCUCAUGCAGAAAGCCCGCAAGACUGCCGGCCUUAGUGACCUCUACUGACCCACACUGGCUACCUGGAAACAUUCAUAUCUCCGUGCUCUCUUACCCUCUUCUCUUCCUCCUCUGUUUUAUUCUCUUUUUAAUGUCUUCUUGUAGUUCAAACAGCUGCCCUCUUUUUAAUCUCUAUGAAAUCUGUUCUUGUGAGACAGAAAUCUGAACAGGAACGACAGAGAAUCCUUAAAAAUACAACAUUUAUGAAGAAUUGGACUGUCUUGUUUAGCACAAAGAAAUUUAAAACUGUUCUACUAGGACAUCAUUUGUAUUUUGAUCUGACCAAAUACUUCUUUGAGAUCAUUAUGCAUUGACAGUCAUGGCCUAUUUGCAAGACAUGACACCAUUACUUUUGUGUCCCAAUAUUAAAUAAAAAACACUGUGACUACAUUGUGAAGCAGGUACUGUAGUUGACACAAAAAGAUGCUUAACACACAUGCCAUAUUGGUAAAAGUGAGGUGCGAGUCUAUUCUGUGUUUUCCCUGAGUGUUUGUGGUGUAUCUGGGUUUUUGCACACUCGGUUAGUGUGUUGACCUGUAUAUGUUGCACUGCAGGGUAGCCCACAGGUUCUGUUAGCAAUCCCUUUGCCAGACAAAGUCAUUUGGCUAGUAAGCACAAAUCGUUAGGGGCUAGUAGAGAGGGGCUUUGUAGAGAGCCCCAUAUGUCCACGCCCUUCAUAAUGAAAAGGUUAGGCUAUGAUAUAAAUAACCAGAGCAACCUUUCAGGAAGGAAACGGGUCUGGGUCAUGUUCAGUAGCCAUGAAGUCAAAGUGAUCGCUUUUCAUACAGUAGAGGAGAUGAUGAACAUGGACCUGAACUGUUUCUUCACUGUCUUGUUCUAGUCUGUUAAUGAGCCACUUGUCCACACUUUGUUUUUCCCUGUUCUGUGUGUAUCUCCUUACAAUGGUGUGAGUGAGGGUCUUUCAUUUUAUGUCAGCUGCUCAGGUCUACCCUCCAGUCUGACUGCAUUUACCAGUCAAUUAUGUACAUUGGUUGUUUUACUCUGUACAGUGUCUCUGUUUAAGGUGGACGGCAGUCUUAACAUACUUUAUUCUAAGGUAUUACAACGGAAAUUCUUCUUGUGAAUAAAGCCGGAGUGUACAAGGAUACAAAAAGAACUAUACUAAUCACAAAGUUAACUUAUGUAAAGUUUGCAAACAGGUCUCAUUUAAAUUAGCCUUUUACUAAAUGCACUUUGAAUUGUAUGAUAGAAUAUUUACUGUUAUUUUUUUCUUUUUUCCAAUUCAACCAUAGACCACCUGUUCUUUUAUAUCUGUAGAUUUAUGUAAAUCAGUACAAAUAAAAUACAUCUGAUUUAAUGGUU